UCGCGCGGCAACCCGGGUCGAGCUGGUUUCGGCGCGGUGCUUGUGGAGUGCGGCAGCGGGCGGCACGUGGAGUACGUGGCGGGGCCGCUGAGCGGCACCACCAACAACGUGGCGGAGUGGAGCGCGCUAGCGGCGGGGCUGCAGGUGGCAUUGGAGCUGGGUGUACGGCACCUGGUGGCGCGGGGCGACUCGGAGCUGGUGUGCCGCCAGGUGGAGGGCCGCUACGGUGUGAACACGCCCUCGCUGCGCCCGCUGGCAGCCCGGGUGGCGGCGCUGAGGGGGCGGUUGGAGUCCUUCGCCGUGGAGCAUGUGCCCAGGUCCCUCAACGCGGUGGCGGACCGGCUGUCCAACCUGGCCAUGGACGCGGAGCAGGCGCUGGCGGAGGUGCAGCAGCGGGGGCAGGCGGACAGCCAGCAGCGGCAGGACAUCCUGAAGGCCGUAGGAGAGCCAGCGCUGCAGGCUGCUCGGGACGCCCUCGCAGCCGCCGCCGCAUCUCCCCGCUCCACAUGCACCCUCACCACCACCACCUACAUCGCACCGUCGCCGGGCGCCUCUGUGGCAGAUGCGGACCAGUUGGGUCAAAGGGUUGCCUCAAAUAUUGAAGUGACCGAGUGUGCGCCUUUGCUGGCGACCCGUGGGUCGCUGGCGGGCCGAGACGUGAUGCAUUUUAACCGUGCCCUUAUUGCGUUGGCGGCUGCGGCGCGGGGCUGGCUUGACUAAGUAAGGGCUGCCAUAAUAACCGGUUACCUAAGGAGUGGAUGGUUGUGUAGUGUGGCUCAAGGUGGAGUAUCCCAAGCCCCACACUGGCUGAAGACAAUGGUAUUCCUGCAAGUAUACGGCGUGAGAGGUCUACGGUACGGCAACAAAGCAUACCGUCUGUACUAAGCCAUCCAUGACAUAGGAUGCAGAGACACGAGCGACACACUAGAA